AUAAAAUAUCCUUGUCCUUCAAAUUUAAAUAUCUGAUGAAACAUAGGUUCUAUACUAUUUGUUACCUUAGCAAUUCAAAUUUUAAGGGGUAUUAUACUCAGAAUAAACUAUACUGCAGACGGAAAUUUAGCCACUGAAAGAAUAAGAUACAUUUUGCGAGAUGCUAAUUAUGGUUGAGCUUUACGUAGAACACAUAUGGCUGGGGCUUCUUUAUUUUUCGCUUUAAUCUAUAUUCAUGUAGGACGUGGUGUUUAUUACGGAAGGUAUAUAAAACUUCCCCAUGUUUGGUAUAGCGGGGUUACUCUUUAUCUUUUGUCUAUGGGGGUAGGGUUUUUAGGGUACGUAUUACCUUGGGGGGUAAUAUCAUAUUGGGGUUUAACGGUAAUUACCAAUAUAAUAACAGUAUUUCCUGGGGGAGCUCGAGCUUUAGAGUGGUUUCAGGGUGGUUUUACUAUUUCAACUUUUACUCUUAAGCGGGUAUUUGUUUUACACUUUUUACUUCCAUUUGUGAUUUUAGGGAUAAGGUUGAUUCAUGUGGUACUUCUCCACAAUGAUGGAUCUAGGAAUCCUUUAGGACUAGACACUACAGAGUUAGUUGUACCUUUUCACCCAUAUUAUACUUCAAAAGAUUUAGUUGGGUUUGUAUUUAUGUUAGCUGCUUUAUCGGCACUAGCAUUUACUUUCCCAAAGAUCACUGCUGAUCCGCUUCAGUGACAAACUAUUAAUAAAAUAAAAACUCCUGCAGUUAUUAAGCCGGAGUGAUACUUUCUAUAUGCAUAUGCUAUUUUACGUUCUGUUCCUCAUAAGGCAGGGGGUCUUGCUCUUAUGUUUGCUGCUAUUUUAGGAAUUGCACUUUUACCAACUUUAGGUAAGUAUGCUAAAGCUCAAAGGAUAGUUAUUUCCCCUCUUGGAGAAGCAUUAUUUUUUAUUUGAGUAGCAAAUUUUAUGUUUUUAGGGAUUAUUGGUUCUCAGGAACCUGCAGGAGCAUGAAUUUUAGCUGGACAAGUUGGAACAUUUGUUCAUCUAUUUUGCAUGCUUUCUAUUCCAGCAGCAAAUGCUAAAUGAGAAAAAAUGCUGUUCAAUGGUUAUGGGAAAUGAAUUCAAAUUUAA